UGGAAUAGUAACGUUCCACCUAAGCCGAAUUGCGAGUGGUUAAGCAACUUCUCUGAGCUCCGACGGCAGUGGAGCAAUCAUGCUCGUCAACAGAACUGCAAGUGUUGCAACUGUCGAUCAUGUAGAACUGUCGCCCCCUGUCGACCGUGCUUACCGACAACGCUUUGCACUUCCGGCUUCGUCGUACCUUCAUCGGACUGUCAGGUAUACCGAGGAUUAUUGCGAGGAUCAUCGUUUAGCCGGUGGUGCAAACGAUAAAAGAGAUUUAAGUCCAGUGGAAUCAACAUCCUCGAGGGAGUCUCGUAAUGUUCGAAGAGAAGCCGGGGGUGGUUGUCCGCCACCAGGAUGCGGUCGAUCCUGCCAAACGGCACGCUGUCGAUCACCUAGUACGGAUCGUUCCUCUUCGUGCUCUUGGUGUCCUACGUCCGUACAGCGCCCUUCUUCUCCAUGUAAACCAUCGACUCUUUGUCAACCCUGUGCUCCUUCACCAAAGUCCAUCUUAAAAAAGCGAAGCUGUUGUCAGUGCGCAACCGGUUAUUGCAUGUGUCAACCGAUGCCACGGAACUGUAAUUGUCCUCCUCCGAUCCAAAUUGAUGCUCGAGCAGAACGAGAUUGCACUUGCGACUGUCCUUCCUCUCCGGAAUGUGCAUGUCCACCGAGCGAACGAAGAUUUCCUAGAACAAUAGUGAAAUGUCCAAACGCCAGAUUAUGUUGUCCAUUGCCGCGAUUACCGCCUGGUCCAAAGUGUCACUGCGAUCGCUGUCAGCCCUGUUUACCGGCACCUUGUGAUCCCUGUACUUCCAGCAUCUGUCGGAAUGUCAUUCCAAAAGCGAAUCCCUGUUGUCCAAGUUCACCGUGUCCACCGCGUUCUCCUUGCCGUCCUAAAUCUCCUGAUCUUCAACCUUGCCGCUUGCCGUCACCUUGUCGUAAAUCAACGCAACGAUAUUGUCUCGGAAGGAAUUCUUGUCGUGAUGAUACUUACAAUGAAUGUCCACGUGCUGCGAAUGAUAGACGAUCGUCGGGAAUCUGCGGAGGAACAGGUCAGUCUUCGACGAUUCGUCGUAGACGGGCAGGCGGUGAUAGGCGUGAAGAAAUAAUCGCAACGAAAUUCAAGGACGAGUCAAUAAGCACAAACGAUCACGAGGGUGAACCGCGAAAUCCUUUCUUAUCGGGAUACUGUGAGAAAGCCGACGAUAGAGAAUGCGAACGCGAGGGUGGGGGUUGUUCGUAUGAACUGGAUUUGCUUGAUUGUCGUCGACAUAUCGACAGGUCUGACGAAAUUCGAUCAGACAAUGCUUUCAAUCAUACUUCCAGCUUGAAUACAGUUAGUUGCUCUGCUUAUCAACGUCGCGACGAAUCCGUUCAAGCGAGAUUCGAUAUUGAUUGCGAUUAUUCUCGUGAAUUAGCUUCAAUCGAUGAUUCAUCUUGUCAUCGUUACCAUUAUCGUGAUCCAAAUAGUACGUGCAAUUCUUCUUGCACAAAAUCUUUUCAGGAUUGUUUACAAUGUUGUUGCGGUCGGGAUGAAAUCGGAUGCGAUCUUUACUGCGAUUAUUGUUGUUCUUUUAAGGAUGAAUCACGAUGUCGUUGCGCACCCGAUGGGAAUGGCUGCGAUAAAACGUGCAAUUAUUGUUGUGCGUUUAAUGAUUCCAACAUGAUUAUAGUCGAUGACAUAUCAGCCAUGAAAGAUGAGCGAAAGGAUGUUUCAAACGUUAUCUCGAAUGGUGAUGAUUAAUGAUGAUAAUCGAUGAAUAGAAGAAAAUAACGAGGGUGCAAUAUAGAAACCGCCUAAUGUCGCUUCGUGAAUGUUGUUAUUGUUGCACGUAUACGCGUAAAUAUGUUUUUAUCCAUUUGCGGACAAUAUUAAUUAUCCGAUAUUUUUUUGUACAUGAAGUUUAUUUAUUUAGAUAUUUUUGACAAAAAUUAUUUUAUUACACACAUAAACGUAUAUCUCUAAUGAGACUAUACAUGCAUAUAAACACUGUCCGUUAAUGGAUUAAAGAACGUGCAAGGAGUGAACUAUGCAUCAAUUCAAAAAAAGUUGAAAUUAAAGUUUAUCACCGAAGAAAGUUGGAUUCAAUUUUAAUUCGACUAGUCUUUCCUAUAAUCAUAAUUUCGAUGCAUUGCAUUUAAAAGACGUGCAGACUCGUCCUUGCACGCGCUCGAGUGAGAUAGACAUUUACUUGUAUCCUUGUCUGUGUCUCACCAAAGGGCCAAUGUGACACGUGGUGUGGUGGGUCCGGUAGGUGGAGAUAACACGACGAUGAUAACAUGGAGCACAAGCGCACAGACCUGUCGGUGCAAUUGGAAGAAGAGAGACGUGUCCUGCAAGGACAUCUUCUCUUACA